GCCACGCUCUCUUCCUCUCUCCCCUUCCCUCCCCCCCUCGGCCCCUUCCCUCACUAUCUCUCCCGAUCUCUCUCGUUCUCGGCGAGCAGGCGGCUAGCUCUACACGAUCUUGUAGCGAGGAGAAAGAGAAGAUCGCGGGUGCAUCGAUUGCUCGCGUGCACAGGUCACCCGGUUUUGAAUAAACUUGCUUAUCGAAAAACAAAAAAAAAUGGUGUCAACACGUCAAUCAAGUAACAUGGGAAGCAAUGGUGGCAGUGGACCAGUUGGUGAAGUAGAAGUAAACUCUUUGAAAAAGCAUCAUUCUGUAACAGCUGGCACAUCUAACAAUGGAGCCACCAUUGAACCACGCAAUCUCAAUCUCUUGGAUUUACCUGUCGAGGUUCUUGAGAAGAUCUUUGGCUACCUAGGUUUCAAUAUGGUAGCACAUAUGCGCUUAGUUUGCCAUCAACUGGACCGCAUUUGUGGAUCAAUGCUGAAUUCUACGUUUCAAAAGCUACAAGCUCAAAUGUUGAGUCGUUUUCAAGCUAUCAAGGCACAAAUGCCUAGACGUGAAUCCGCGCGUCGGAAUCAUCCGUUAGCGUGCGAGUCGGACAUUAUAGAAACUUUGCAUAUGCGGCUCACCUUGUUACAAAUGAGUUUUGGCAAGCAUAUUGAACGGAAGCAUUGCUGCUUUUUUCCUGGUGAGAUUUUAGAUGAAGUUUAUCGUAUUCUUCAUUACAUAAAAGUUACUCCGAAAUUACAAAGACCUUACAAAGUCACAGACGAAUUGUUUGAUUUGAGCACUAUGGCUAUGGAAUAUUUCAAGGAACAUAUUGAACCAACUUUACCAGAAAUACCUUAUUUUGGUGCUGACUUUUUGGAUCUUGCAGGAACAUUCUCCUCUUCUAGUAGCGUGAGUAAACCAUUUAUGUGCCUGGAUUCUGCACCCUUGACCGUUGGGAAUGGAAAAACUGGCAAUACUGAGGAAGAAGGAUCUUCAUCGCAUUGCUCGGACGAUCCUGCACUUUUGGAAUCCAAUGUGUCACCGCCACAAUCGAAUAUGGUUUUGCGAAAACGGAUUCGCAAGAUCAAACAGGGCAUGAGACGAUACAACAGCCAGCUAACAUUAAUGCGCAGGGAUUUGAAGAGUUGCAAGGCGAAAAUUGCGGAUCAACAGAAGCAAAUCGUAGAAUACGCCACUCGAUUGGAUGAUAAUGAUAAGAAGAAUGAGGAGACGUCGCGAAAAUUCAGCACACUUCUACAGGAGUUGAACAAGUGUAAAACCGAACUACAAUAUUGGCGAUCCAAAUCACCAGCAAUACCAGUAUGCGUAGGUUGUGGCCAGUCAAUGCCAGUCCCCACAGAAGAUUUACAAGCUUUAGCCAAUCAGGGAGUGUUGCCGGAUGCGUUUGGUGAAGGGCAUGACUUCAUUCCCAUCGCAGAUGCUCACAGUCCCACCGAAGUGGUACAGCAAUCUGUAGUUACGCAAUCUCCAUCGACGCCGACGGUGGACAUGGCACCUCCAAAGGCUCCCGUGCCUUCGAUAUCCUUUAAACGGAAACCUACUGCAGAAGAAACGUCGGGUGAUGCCGCAAAAAAAUCACGUCGCACUGCCAAGUCUCGUCAGGCUAAGCGCUCAAAGAUAUAAAUUGAUAACACUGAUCAUGGUACAAAUAUUCAACCAGUCUUUAAUGGCUUUCCGAAAAAUAGGAAACUUUCUAUAAUGGUUUAUGCGCGUUUCUUUAUGUCAGCAAGCCGAUAUGAUCUUAGAAGAGUACAAAAUUCCUCACCGAACGUCCUGCAUCUCGCGCAACGAACCUCGUUUUGAAAAUUUCAGCCGUAUUAAUUAUCGCGAUUGUCAAGAUCGCUAGUUGAUUUUUUAAUUAUUUCCGGAUUUAUCGUCGCCAGCAUUUGGCGCACAUAAAUAUUCUAAAGAAGCCUAGCCGAUCAUUCGCUUUGCUCGUAAAGCAACGUCUAUAAUUAUACUUUAUCGAAUUCUUGUUAGAAUUCUUUUGUUUUUUUAAUUAUAUUGUCGCGGUACACUUGAAGAUAAUAGAAAGUUAAAAUCAUGUCAUGUUUGUCUUUGUCAUGCAUUUAACAGCGGUAUCGCACGAAAGAACAUAAUAUGGCAACGAGCAUUCGCCUUUCAUUUUGCUCUUUGAUCAAAAAUGUGCAGUGGCUCGCAUCUUAUUUUUAAAAUGAUGACCUUUAAUAGAAUGUUGAUUGGAUAUCACAUUUUCAACAUUUUGAUCAAAUAGGACAAUACAAGAACAGAGAAAGCAUUGAAAUUUCAUAAAGCAACUUAAACACAAAUCGAAUUGGUGCAAACCAAGUAAUUCUUAGAAAUAUUGUUAAUUUAUUCAAGCAUUUGGAUCACAUCCUCUAUAAAUUGAAUUGAUAUAAAUCAAGUAAUUUUUAGAAAAUUGUAACUUUGUUUCGAAUAUUUUGCACUCUCUAUGACACAAUAUAACUUGUGGUAACGCAUACACAAAGAAUUUUGAGAUGGAAUCUUUAGUAAAUUUUAUUUUCGCGAUAAGAAUUAAAUAUGUAAAAAUAUUUGAAAUUGCGAUCAUUCGUCUUGGUAUUGCAAAUACACUGUAUUAAUUCGAUUCGAUAAAUUAUACUUGCGCAAAUUAGACAUUUAAUUUUUUUACAAUCAUUGAUAAAUGUUUUCUGGUUUAGCUACACAUAAUUUGUAUUUCAUAUUCGCAUGUUUAAAUCGAAUGAAUUGUGUGGCUGGAUAAAAUCAAAAAAAGUUUUAAUAAUAAAAGUAUCGUCCCAGUAUUAAAACACGAAACAAUCAGAAAAUUAAAAAAUGAAUUUACAUCGUACUAAAGAGCAAAAUGUUGAUGGAUAUCUGGAAAGGUGUUAGUUUAUUUUUAUGAAUGCGCCAUUUUACCAAAAUAAUUACGAGAUGGCGUAUACAUUGCAAUAUUAAUAGAAAUAGGUAAUUAUUUAUAGGAAUGAUUCUAUUUAGAAAAAUUGGGUAUCAUGCCAUUUUUUGUAUAUUAUGCGAAAAAAAUGAAAUUUUGUUAUAAAUAAAAUUGUCAGAAAUUUGUAUUUAUGAGAAUAUGUUCCAAAUUUAAAAUAAUGGACGUUCACGUUUAUAAAGUAUAAAAAUCAAGGAUAUUUGCAAUCGGCUCCGGUAGUUGAUGGUUUACCUUGCUCGAUAAACAAUUAUUGGUAUAGUAGAAACAAUUAAUGUCUUAUUUGCACCGAUUACCCAAUUAAUCUCAAAGCAGUGUAGUUAGAUAUUGUGAGUUAUUCAUGAUGAUACUUAUAAAAAA